GUAAACAAAAGUGACUUGUUGGUGCCACGUUGAUAAAUCAUUAUGUCAUUAUCACUGACAAAUAAUAAAAAAAAUAAAAAAAAUGAUUUAUUAUUAACAAAAAAACCUGAAACAACAAUAAAACCAAAUAAUAUUGAAGAAUCUCAUGAUGGAGUAUUGCUUAAAAUUUUUAUUUUAAUAACAACAUUUAAAAUUUUGUUAAUUCCAACUUAUCAUUCAACUGAUUUUGAAGUACACAGAAAUUGGUUGGCAAUAAGUCAUAGUUUACCAAUAAAUGAAUGGUACAUCAACAAUACCUCAGAAUGGACUCUGGAUUAUCCACCUUUAUUUGCAUGGUUUGAGUUAAUAUUAAGUCAAAUUGGAAAAUUGAUUGACCCAGAAAUGUUGAGGGUCAACAAUUUAAAUUAUGCCUCAUUCUCGACAAAAUUAUUUCAAAGAUCAACAGUAAUGAUUACUGAUAUCUUUCUUGUUUUUGGAGCUCGUGAAAUUGGAAAAGUUUAUCAUGAUAAUUUUAAUAAAUUAAUGAUAUAUUAUAUUUUGACUAUUUGUAAUAUUGGACUUCUCAUGAUUGAUCAUAUUCAUUUUCAAUACAAUGGAUUUUUAUUGGGAAUUUUAUUAUUAUCAAUUGCUCAAGUUUCAAAGAAUCAACCGAUGAGUAUAUUAAUUGGUGCAGCAUAUUUUGCUAUUUUAUUAAAUUUAAAACAUCUGUAUCUUUAUGUUGCUCCAGUAUUUAUUGUUUGGCUUAUUAAAUGGUACUGUAUGAAGGGAAAUUUUUUAAUAAGAUUAAUUCAACUUGGAUCAAUUGUUAUUGGAGUGCUGGCUAUUUCAUUUGGUCCAUUUAUAACACAACUUCCACAGGUAUUUUCAAGAUUAUUUCCAUUUAAAAGAGGACUUGUUCAUGCAUAUUGGGCACCAAAUUUUUGGGCAUUGUACAUUGGAGCUGAUAAAAUAUUAUCAGUAUUAUGGAAAAAAUUUGGAUUAUUGGUGAUGAAUAAAAGAGCAGCUAUGACUGGUGGCUUAGUUCAAGAAGAUACAUUAGCUGUAUUACCAACACCAACACCAAUUAUAACAUUUUUAUUAACUAUUUUAACAAUUAUGCCAAUUUUAGUUAUUAUAUUGAAAAAAAAAACAAACUUAUUGAGGCCACAUGAUUUUUUGAGGGGUUUGAUACUUUGCGGACUCAGUUCAUUCAUGUUUGGUUGGCAUGUACACGAAAAAGCUAUCUUGACAGCAAUCAUUCCAAUGUGUAUUAUGGCAACUAUUGAUCCAAUUGAUGGAAGAAUAUUUUUAAUACUAAGUGCAACAGGUCAUGCAUCAAUUUUACCACUAUUAUAUCCUGAUAAUCUUGUAGUUUUAAAGAUAUUAUUAUUAUUAAUUCAUAUUAUUUUAGCUGAUUAUUUAUUAUGUAAAUUAUUUAAAUUUUCACUUCUUAAAAUUUAUGAAUAUUUUUAUAUUUUAUUAUUGCCAAUUGUUGCAAUUUAUCAUGCUUUUAUUCAUAAAAUUAUAUUUGAUGAAAAAAUGGAAUUUUUACCACUUGCAUUGACAUCAUUGUACAGUGCUAUUGGAAUAACUUAUUGUUGGAUUUUAUAUUUUUAUUAUUUUUAUACAAAUAAUUAUCAGCUGUCUAAUAAUUCCAUAAAAAAUAAAUAA